ACCCUUGACAAUGUCACAAUACCAACAGAUGUCCAUCUAACACUGAUGCAACGUAAUCUAAUUCCAGACCUCUAUGUUGGUGAAAGAGAGAUUGAGUUUAGAUGGAUUGCACUAUCAGACUGGGAGUUCACGUGUGAGGUCGAGGUCAGCCAGGAACAGUUGGACAAUGCUGGUCAUGUUGAGAUGGUGUGCGAGGGAAUUGAUACUGUUGGCACAAUCAAGAUCAAUGAUCAUCAUGUUGGAGACGUGGAGAAUAUGUUCCGUUGUUACCGUUUCAAUGUUGGUGCCUACUUAAUGGUUGGCAAGAACAUAAUCAGUGUGACUAUAUACUCACCGGCAGUAUAUUGUCAACGCAAGGCAUUGGAGAAUGGAUAUGAAAUACCCCAGUGGGAGUAUCCCAAUGGUAUCCAUCACAGGAACUUCAUACGCAAGGUUGGCUGCCACUUUGGUUGGGACUGGGGUCCCUGCUUCUGUCCCAUGGGCAUAUACAAGCCCAUUAACCUGGAGUUCAUUGCCAGGAACACACCCGUUGUCAGAGGCCUGUACAUCGAACAGACUCACAACAACGACGAUGUGCAUCUCAGUGCAACGGUCGAUAUCUUUGCUCAAACAUCAAUCGACUCGAGAUUAACUUGGACAUUGGAGGUUUCAAGACGUGGUGAGUCACUGGGCAAGACCUGUCUGGCGAGCCAAUCAACAAAGAUGGGCGACAGCUCAUUUAGCAUAACCACUCAGAUCAACAAGCCAUUGAAAUGGUGGCCCAAUGGCUAUGGCGAUCAGCCACUAUAUGACAUCCAUCUCUAUCUUGGCGAGACUCUGGUCAUCACCAAGCGCAUUGGUAUGCGCGAUUUCAAGAUCGACACAUCCGAAGGACAGUUUACUAUUGUGGUGAAUGGCGUCCGUGUGUUUGCCAAGGGCGCAGACUGGAUCCCUGCCGACACCUUCCUUAACCGCAUAACACGUGACCAACUAGAGCACCUUAUCGCCAGCACAGCCGAAGCCAACAUGAACUGCCUACGAGUGUGGGGUGGAGGACUCUACGAAUCGGAUGACUUUUAUCAACUCUGCGACGAGCAUGGCGUGAUGAUCUGGCAGGACUUCAUGUUCUCAUGCGCCCUCUACCCAUCCAACGCAGACUUCUUGGAGAAUGUUCGCAUGGAGGUCAUCGACCAGGUGCGACGCAUUGGUCAUCACGCCUGCAUCGCCCUUUGGUGUGGAAACAAUGAGAAUGAGCAGGCAAUCAAUGUUUGGAAGCCAUCCAAAGAGAACCCACCACGUUAUAUUGUAGACUACAACAAGCUCUACAUUGAGACCAUCCUGCCAACUCUAAAGCAGCUGCAGCCAACAUCAUUCUUCUGGCCCAGCUCACCAUCGAAUGGUGUCCAUCAAUGGGGCGACACCAAUGAUCAGACCAGAGGCGACACACAUUAUUGGGAGGUGUGGCAUUCAAACAAGCCAUUCACUCAGUACCUCACAGCCAAAUCCCGCUUCCUCUCCGAGUUUGGCUUCCAAUCUUUACCUCGCGAGAGUGCCCUUCGCAGCGUGCUCUCUGGUCCCGAGCAACUAAACAUCACCUCGCCCGAGAUGGAAGGCAGACAGCGCUCACCAACACCGGGCAACCUUGGACUGCUACAGCACACGGCUCUUCACUUCCGCGUGCCCAAUGGCUUCAAGCAUCUCUGUUACACCACACAGAUACUUCAGGCUAUAUCGAUCAAGACUGGAUGUGAGCACUGGCGUAGGAUGUCGCCAUACUGCAUGGGAACACUUUAUUGGCAAUUGAAUGACAUAUGGGUUGGCCCAUCGUGGUCAUCGAUCGAGUACGAUGGCACAUGGAAGGCUUUGCAAUACUUUGCCAAGAGAUUCUACCAGCCUCUGUUGCUAUCGUUCGUUGAGAACCAACAGACGGGCAACCUUGAGGCUUGGCUGACGAACGAUCAGCCGACCAGCGGUGUCCAAGGAAAGAUCCAUGUCGAGCUCUGGAACGUGGUCAGCGGCGAGAAGACCUUUGAGGCGGAGCAUGAAGUGCAGGUGGAGCCGCUCUCCAAUCAGAUGGUGUUCAGUGUCGAGAAGACCAGUCUGUUCCCCGCAGGCAUUGUAAACUAUGGACGCUUUGCCUACGGAUGGCUGGAAGUGUCUAAUGACCAGCAGGCUUUGAAGUGCCUGACGGACAACACCCACUUCUUUGGUCCGUACAAGAAGCUCAAUCUCAAGGCACCCUAUGUGCACAUUACCAACGAAGAGGUGAACAGUGAGGGGCUGGUGGAGCUAACCAUCGAGUCGAGGGAAGUUGCUUUGUUUGUGUGGUUGGAGAGCACUACACCUGGCAACUUCUCGGACAAUGGAUUCAUCAUGUUCAAGGACAGACCAUGCACCAUUGUCUUCUACCCGACACAGCCACUGGAUGCCGACGAACCAGUGGCGCCAAAGUUCAACGUCUUUUCUCUCUACGACACAUAUGGCACUGAACGCGCUACCAAU